AUUUUCAUCAACUUUUCUAAAUUUAGCAAUUAAUCUCUUCAAUCCCCAAAAUAAAGCUUUCACAUCCAAAUUAUAUAAUAUUUCUUCUUCAUCUUCUUCUCUUUUUUCUUCCUCCUCCUCCUUUUCCAAAACCGUAUUCAUGAUCACAUUCCCAAAAUGCAGAGAACAACUUAUAUGAAAAUGAAUAGGUAAAUUUUUGUAUAUAAACACAUUCAAAAUUUUUUUUAAAAGGAAGAUGAAGGGGUUAUUCAAAUCAAAACCAAAGACGCCGGUGGAGCUGGUGCAGCUAACACGAGAGCUUCUUAUCUAUGUCGAUAAGAAUACAGAAGUUCGCGAGCGUAAACGCGAAGAGAAGAUUUCAGAGCUGAGUAAAUUAAUCUUAGAGCUGAGGACAGUUCUAUUUGGAAAUGGUCAAAAUGAGCCGAGUUCUGAUGCUUGCGCACAACUCACACAAGAAUUCUUCAAACAGGAUGUGUUUCGCCUUCUUAUUAUUAGUCUCCCGAAACUUGAUUUAGGGACACGUCAAAAUGCCACUCAUGUGAUAGCAAAUUUGCAAAGACAACGUGUUAAUUGCCGUUUUAUUGCUUCUGAGUUCAUGGAAAACAAUUUGGAUAUUAUGGAUAUUUUGUUACCUGGUUAUGCGAAUGGUGACAUUGCACUAACUUAUGGUGCAAUUUCAAGGGAGUGCAUACGUCAUCAAACUGUGGCUAGAUAUGUCUUGGAAUCAGAGCACAUGAAGAAAUUUUUUAGUUAUAUACAGAUUCCUAAUUUUGACAUAUCAUCUGAUGCUCAAGCAACUUUUAAAGAGCUUUUAACUAGGCAUAAAUCUACUGUAGCUCAAUUUCUUUCUAAAAACUAUGACUGGUUUUUUCAAGAAUACAAUUCUCAGUUAUUGGAAUCUACCAAUUAUAUAACAAGACGACACGCUGUGAAGUUGCUGGGAGAUAUGUUACUUGAACGAUCAAAUUCUGCUGUGAUGGUUCGCUAUGUGAGCUCACUGGAUAACAUGAGAAUCUUGAUGAACCUUUUCAGGGACUCAAAGAAGACCAUACAAGUCGAUGCCUUUCAUGUUUUCAAGUUAUUUAUUGCUAAUCAAAGUAAGCCUCCUGAAAUCGUUAGUGUACUUUUUACAAAUAAAAGCAAACUUCUUCGGUUUUUAAGUGAUUUUACCAUUGAUAAAGGGGAUGAACAAUUUGAAGCAGACAAAGCUGAAGUCAUAAGAGAAAUUGCCAGUCUUGAAAUUAGAGAUCAGUCUUGUGCAGAAUCAGAGGAUUCAGAGAUUGAACCUUAAUAAUUUUGAUCCUUUGUUUAUUACAUAUUAUACCAGUAUCUAUUUAUAACAGUUAGCAAUUAGUGUUUAUGUACCUAUACAUGUUGUGUCCACAAGAAACUGUAAACUUAUCUAACUAUUUACCAAAAUGAUGGUUUUGUAUAGACAGCAAACUAUUUGAAUCAUGUAACAAAUUCUUCAUACAUUAUGAUAAAUGAGUAAAUUUUUCAACAAG